AAACGCUGUUCAGUCAGCUAAACGAAUAAUCAACGUAGAAAUCUGCGUACCAAAUUUGUCAAUCGAAACCCUUGUUUCUUCGCUCUCCAGCUCGGCGCGGGAAGGCGCAAAUAAAGUUAUCCGGUCGCUUUCUUCUGGAUCAAUUUGCAUUCCCGGAGCCGAGCAAUCAAUUUUUUAGCUAUAAAAAGAAUAAUUAUCAACUUAGAGCUCACCUACCGCCGUGGUGGUGACGGUGAACUGUAAAAUCAAUCCACAAUGCUGGAAAACCCUAGUUCAGAUGCACCAGCUGCCACCGUCAAGCGAUACGCUCCUCCGAAUCAACGGAACCGAUCACUUGGCAGGCGUAAAUCUGGUGGAGAUCGACUAGAACGGGCAAACAGCUAUGUGAAUGAUGUAGAUAGGAACCCAGUUGGUGCCACCAAAGGUGGUGGUCUAGCAGAUCAUGGGGAUUUAGGCUACAAUGCUCGUGCAAAGUUAAUACCUUUACAGGGGUGUUGCAACAGUGAAGCAUCUCAGCUGCUGAACAACCGUUGGGCAGCUGCCAUGAAUGCACAUAACAGUUUGCCAGAAGAUUCACCUGAAAGGCCAGUUGUGUAUGCAAGGAAGAGUGCUGCACCAUGGGGUCACACUAUUCUUCCACAUCUGGUGCUUGUUCAACCUACCGGUGGGGCCUCUGCUGGGUUGCAGGGAGAUUUCUUAAAUGAACUCCAAAAGGCAAUGGAUAAUGCUAGUCCCUUCUCCUAAUCCGUUGCUCACCACCUAUGUGCGAUUAACUUUGCAUUUGGUGGAUUUAAUCUUUGAGCUGUAUGACUAGGAUUUGUUGUAUGUGCUUUAUGCCAUGUGCUAUGCUACUCCUUCCAAUGUAAUCUAUUUGUGUAUCACAGGAUGCUAUAUUGCUGUUAAACGUCCAUUUAGGACUAUACUUCACCUUGUAAGACAACCAGAUCUUGUCUUGUUCGGUAGCACUUGUUCUGUUAACGUUUGAUUAAAAUAUUUUUCAUCUUAAUUA